CAUCAUAUCUAAUAAUAGUUUUAUUAAUAUCAUUUGCAGUGCAGUGCAGCCUCAACCUUUCAGAUAUGGCCGACGUUGAUGUAGAUGUACCCUCCGCAGCGCCCGUUCUUGGCGGUGCCAUGGACAUAAACACCGCGCUACAGGAAGUGCUGAAGAAGUCGCUGAUCGCCGAUGGACUCGUCCAUGGCAUCCACCAGGCCUGCAAGGCUUUGGACAAGCGUCAAGCUGUCCUCUGCAUUCUGGCCGAAUCCUUUGAUGAGCCCAACUACAAGAAAUUGAUCACUGCCUUGUGCAAUGAGCAUCAGAUUCCACUGAUCCGCGUCGAUUCGCACAAGAAAUUGGGCGAAUGGUCUGGCCUGUGCAAGAUCGACAAGGAGGGCAAGCCCCGCAAGGUCUGCGGCUGCUCUGUGGUCGUCAUCAAGGACUACGGUGAGGAGACGCCCGCAUUGGAUGUAGUUAAGGACCAUCUCAGACAGAACAGCUAAACAUAUUGCCGUUGCCGUUCCCCCGUCUGCUGAAUGAGAGACUACCUGGCAAAUUUUUUAUUGCUAAAUAAAAACAAAAACUUAACGAAAAACAAA